AUGAAGCAGAAAGUAACAUCAUCAAACGCCCGGCUUUCGAGAACCAAGGCAUCUUCAGCAUCAACAAAGACUGCAGUUGCAGCAACAGCAGCAGACGUAGUGGCGGCAGCAACGACAGCGAAUAAAAAUGGUGCCACGUGUCCAGAUUGUCUCAUGAUACUUGUCAAACUUGCCAAUGAUGAGAAAGAUGUAAGCACGAAAGUGGCCAAGUGUAAGUUGCGCGAAUGCAUGAAAAUGUUCAACGAGUACGCCAAGAACGAUCACAGCAACCGAAGCGACAACAAUUAUUAUUACGCUGCUGCUACUACUGCUGCUGCUGAUGUCGAUGAUGCUGCUGGUGUGGCUGCUGCUGCUGCCGACACUGAUGAUGUGGAUUGUGUGGCCGCUUGCAAAAGCUCAGAUGGAAGUGAUAGAAAGGGGAAUUGUACGUCAUCUUCAUCGUCGUCAUCAUCGUUGCCACUACCGAAAGCAUCUGGAGUAAUGGCUCCACCUUGCAAGACUUCUCACUCCAACUCUAAAGAUGAUCAGAUGAGUCGCCCACACGCUGUCAAAAUGUCGCAAAAGAACUCCAACCUCAACGACACUAAAACACAACAACUGCAGCCGCAACAACGUCAACAACAUAAAAAGUCGCAAAAAUGCUGCAUCUACAACGACGCCAGACAGCAACAGCAACAAGAGCCACCACCACUUAUACAGGAACAGCAGCAGCAACUACCACAAGAUCAGUUGCAGCAAACACCGCAACAACAACCUCAGGAGCAGCAAGAAAUUGAACCGCCACAACAACCACAAAAUAAAGAAUCACAACCACUUCCACAGAAACAUCGUCAUCGACAUCAUGGUCAUCAGCAACAUCAGCAACAACCUUAUAAACACAACCAAAACAAACUUGACGACAAAAAAAUUUGUGAAAUUUUACUGAAAGAAAAAUUAAAAAAGUUAUUGCAAGAUGAAUCAUGCAGACACGAGAUGGCCUUACCCAAAAAUAAUGACCUCGAUGGAGUCGUUGAUGAUCAAGUCUGCAGAACCAGGUCAAACAUUAAAAAGAAGUUGAUGAUGAUGAAAAUGAGGAUGAAGAAGAAGAAGUUGAUGAUGAUGAAGAUGAGGAUGAAGAAGAAGAAGUUGAUGAUGAUGAAGAUGAGGAUGAAGAAGAAGAAGUUGAUGAUGAUGAAGAUGAGUGAAUGCUUCAACGAUGAUUAUGCCGGUAAAGUGAAUGAUCUGCUGGCGAACUCGGUUGAAACAUCUGUUGGUGCACCGACACCAGAGUUAAUGAAGAGAUUGCAGAAAUAUCUCAUAUACGUGUAUGAUGUUUCUCUCAAGUUUAACUUCACGGUUGGCAUGCUUGCUUGCCGCUGUGUCAUUAUAGAUGCUGAUAUCGUGAAUGAUGAUGACGACGAUGAUGAUGACGGCGAUGAACGAAACAUGACAGAUCCUCUCAUAAGAAAUGAUUCGUCGACAUGUUGUGGCGCGGCGGGGCGACAGCCAACCAUGUAUGAGGUCUCAAGGAAGUGUCGAAUGCUGACCAAACCACAACCUUUCCAGUAUCUUUCCCAAUUCUCAAAACAACCACAACCUCGCCAACUACAGCACCCACGACCAAAGCAACGAAAACAGCAAAGCCGGAUGCAAAAAUUUAAUUGCUUAAAUCACCGCCCGAAAAUUUGUUUGCCAGACAAAAAAGUCCUUGACAACUAUUGCAAACAUCAAAAGAAGAUUGACAUCAAGUUGAAAGACAUCAAGAAGGACACCGAAAUAAAAGCAAUGCGCGCCAGCAAGCAAGAUCAGUUGCAUUGGCGGGAGAUGGAGCGAGACGAGAAGAUUAACAAAAUACGGAAGGACAGACGUCUGAAUCAGUUGCGUCGUCAUCAGCUGGCAGCAGCUGUUAAGGAGAGAUCGAGAGAAGAGAGACGCAUGGUGGAUUUGUGCAGAAGUGCAGAGAUGGAUAGAAAAGAGAGAGAGAAAGAUGAACGAAUGAAGAGGAAAGAGAUGAAGACGGCACAAGCCAAGAAACAAGCUGAUCAGAUUGAGUGCAUCGAGAACUACUACAGAAAUCAAUACGCCAUACUGUUGGAGGAGAUGGACAAGAGGAAGAACUCACCUUCCAACAAAAUCCAACAAGACAAGCUACUCCGAGAAAUGAAGCAAGAGUUACGACGGGACGUCGAAUGCCAGAUGUAUCAGCAGGAAGAAAAAUUUCUGAGAAACAGCAGGAGGGCCCACUCGAGCGAGAAUAAAGAAAAACCACGUCACUACCACACACACCAUCAUCGGACGAAGGCUUCAAUAGCUGCCGGCGUCUCCUCAUCAGACGCUGUGGCCGCUACUCUCGAUUGCGGUGGCAAGUGUCGUACCACCAAUCGACACGUUCUCGAUAGGGAAUCAUACCACUACAACUACAAUACCAAUUACAACAACAACAAAAACACUCAAAAUGGACAUUGGAAAUCUCAAUGCUUACCCCACUUAGGCUGUUGGUGCAUACACAAACCAUGA